AUGCUGUCCGUCUUCCAAACCAAAUCCGCAAAACUCGAGGCCGAGAAAAAACCCGAAUCUGGCCCCGAACCAGACCUUGCUGAACCCAUUGGGCCUGUUGCACCUGCUCAGCCUGCAGACAUCGCCAUGCCAGACACCGAUGCUCAGGCCGAGACUCUGCUUGCGCUGCAGGAGCAUGACCUUGAGCAUGAGGACGGCAUACCCCCUCCCCCUGAGCCAAUUCGAUGGUUCCAUGCUGUGGACUCACCUUUGACAAAGCCCCAUGAGCCCAGAAGGAAUCUAAAAACGCCUCCUCCGCCCAGAAAGCCUGCCACAACAUGGGUACCAUUCAGUAUCCGGGACUCCAAUGCACUCGAGAGGGCCUACCAAUUGACCCAACCUUCGCGCGAAGAAAGAGUUGUGUCGCAGGAGACAGCAGCAGGUGCAGAAGGUGCAGCAGUGGAUCAUACACAUCAGGAGCAGGUUGCAAGGCUUCAUGUGCCCGACCCCAAUGGACCGAACGUUUCAGCGUCGUUAUCAUCUUCGUCUGCAGGCACGUCCAUCCUCGUAAACGAGGAUUAUCUUUUUCAAGUGAACAUUCAGAAAAUGGAGAUCAAGCCCGUUUACUGGCUGGGGCCAACGUAUGAGGUCAGGCGAGCUGUGUGGUUCUUACAGCUGGACGGCAAAUUCGUCCCAUGCGAGGCCAAUCUAACUCAGCAGAUUGAAUAUGGAUACAACAAACAUCGGCCCUGGAUUGCUCCUCCUCCAACACUGGAUGCAUCGGGGAAGGAAGUGGUCGAAGUCAGACCCGAGAAAAGUUGGGCGCUUCUUGGCAAAUACAUCUCACAAUACGUCGUCUUUACUGACGCCCACCAUGCAUGGUUACUGAGCGAUGAUCUGAAAAGUAAAUUUGCAAAGACAAUAUUCACCAAAGUAUCUCUGACCGCGACACUAGGAGGGGCGCAUCUAAUUCGAGGUUACGAUGAGGUCGAAAAGUUUGUCUCCAAGAAGGCGUCCGAGGAUGCGGCCCAGAAAAAGAAGGAUGGUACCGACACAAAGAAGAAGGAAACUUCAGAGAUCCAGAAGAAAAGAGAAGCCGCACAGUCGCUGCAGCAAAAGACUAAGCGAUUGACAGAGGAAGAGAAGGAUACCAUCCAGGAGUCUCACGAGAUUGACGACUACUCAAAUGAGGAAGAGAACGAGGAGCGGACGAUCGACCACCUAGUGCUGGUGAUCCACGGCGUCGGACAAAAGCUGGGCGAUAGGAUGGAGGCCAUCAAUUUUAUCCACGAUGUCAAUGUCAUGCGACGGACUAUGAAGGAGACUGCGGCGACUUUUGUUCAGCAGUCGCCGGGAAAUGCGACGCCCAAGGACCAGGCUGGUGGUGCGGAAAAGGACAAGGAGGCGACGUCAAAGAUGGGAGGUUCAACUGCGUCCAAAAAUCCAUAUGCAGUACCGUCCGGAUCAGGAGUCCAGGUUUUACCUGUCGAGUGGAGAAGACAGAUUACAUUCGGCAUGGCAAACGAGGAUGAGGAACUUCAACGGGAUCUGAGCACACCAGAGGCCGAGGAGGGCUGCCCAACUAUGGAGGACAUUAUGCUGGACGGCGUGCCUACUAUUCGUAUGCUUGUUUCGGAUGUCCUGAUGGAUGUGCUCCUUUACAUGACGCCCAGCUAUAAGCGCAAAAUGAUGGAGGUUGUCACGAACGAGCUGAACAGGGUCUACAGAAGUUUCGUUCAUCACAACCCAGACUUCUUGCGCAGAGGUGGCAAGGUCUCAAUUCUAGGCCAUUCGCUUGGAUCACUACUCGCGCUCGACAUCCUGAACCAUCAACCCUUCAGCCCAAUGCAAUAUCAGCCCAUUCCUUCAUCGCCAGUGUACGAAAAGUUCAUCUCGUUCGACCAGGGGAUGUACAAUCCAGUGUCCCUGGACUUUCCGGUGACCAAUUUUUUCGCUCUCGGCAGCCCUAUUGGUCUGUUCUUGCUGCUCAAGGGAUGCAAAUUAGGUGCUAGGCUCUCGGACGCGAGCACCACAGAUCCAGUAGCACAUCGUGUGGAGCCGUUGAUCUCGCGAUCAUUUGGAUCAAAGACUCGACCAGCGCUUAUUCCGUAUCACAAGGGCGGUCUCAAAGGUCUUCAUAUCGGUAUUCAGGAUUUCAGCAACGACCUUGCGAAUCGAGCCAACACCAUGAUUGAGUCAGUCAAAAUGGGGAUCACCACCUCAAUGUUCACCCGUGCACUCGGAUUCCGGACCAACCCUAUGUCAAACGCAGCAGUGAUCCAUAGCGUCAAAGUACAGGAAGCUGGAGGUGCGUCCGGCUUGGCGAGCGAGACGGAGAUGAGCACGAUUAUUGAUGGAUCGGAACUUGUGGACGGAGCGCUCUCGCAGGCCAAUGGAUCGACGACGCCUAGAGUAACACCGGAGAUGAAUAGCAUGAUCAGCAAGGCCAAGGUCAAAGCCCUGAACAAGACUGGACGAGUGGACUGGUGUCUACAGGAGGGGGUGUUCGAAAACGCCUAUCUCUCGGCCCUCUCAGUUCAUAUGCAGUAUUGGUCCGACAGCGAUGUCGCAGCCUUUAUAAUCCGCCAGACCUACGACAUGGACUCUAAAUAG